UACAGAUGCCUGCUGGUUGCCAUGGUGAAUGAUGCUGAUCUGAAGAAAUGAAUAAUGUGAGCGUUGGGGGCGACAGUGGGAUUACUCAGACAGUGGCGAGAGAGGCAUCAAGGAGAGCCCAGAGCAGAGGAGGGGAGAAGGCUCCAUCCCUUCAGCUUUGGUCCACUCUGUCCCUGCCUCUGCAGGCUGCGUUCUAACCAGAUCCACCGCGAGCAUCAGAAUCAGGAUGAACAUCGAGGUUGGGAACGUUUCUCACACAGGAGCCAUCAUUUCCUGGUCAUCCUCGGAGCCCUGCCUGGAGGACUAUUACCAUAUUAUGUAUAGGCCCAACUGGAACAGCAUCUUCUCCGGCUAUCUUCGCUACAGCUUCCACCACGAGGAGAAGGUGCCUCGAACCAUCAGCUCCGUGGUGCUGGAACAUCUCGCCCCUUCCACUCUCUACUUCCUCUGCAUCAGCUGCAAGAAGGCUGCCUUCCCCUAUAGGCACUACUGCACCAUGUUCCAUACCCUGGAUAAGAGUCCGCUGGCAGCUGGGAGCUCGCUGGUGGACCCCCAGAUCUCCCUGUGGGUGUUGAUGGCCAUUCUGCUGGCCUGCUUCACAGCCGUCUUAGCUUUCAUCUGCCUCCAGUUCUGGUGCAUCCGUUGCCAUGAGCCUCGAUGGUCUUACAGAGCCGGCCACAUGGAGGAAGCCAAUGGGUUGGUGAGAUGGCCAGAGGAGGCCCCCGCCCUUGGGCAGAGAGAGGAAGACCUGCAGGGCCUCCCCCUGGUGGAAAUGCCGCGCAAGAACUCCGGAGCAGAAGCAGAACCAGAAGCCGAAGGGGAAGCCAACCAGGAAGACGGGGCUGAUGAGGAUGCCGCCAAUCAGGAUGUCCCCGACGUGGGAGCCUUACUGCAGGGUGGUGGGGGCGAUCAUGCUGCCAUGCUGCCUCAUUUUAGGGAGUGAGGGUUAGGGAGGAGGCGGCCCGCAUCCCGUAGCUUAAAGCCCUCCAUACAGUAGAUCUUUUGUAGACAUGUGUUCCUAGACCACCCUUCCGCCUCCCCUCAACGUUCUUGUCGAAGCUGUCCAGGGUCAGUGCUCCUGUGGGUCAUGCGGGUUGGACGAAUGCCCUAUGACAAAGCUUCUCAAGCUGGGAAGCAUAUACCCCCAAGUAUGCCAAAGGAGAACAUGGCGUCUCUCAGGAGCGUCCGUUUAGGGGACCCCCGUUAGGAAUGGAAAACAGCAUCUUAACGCUUAAACAAACAUGAAUAUAUUGUGGCACAGAAAGCAAAAUUUGCAUGACUUGAUAAAACACAGUACUUUGAGGAAACUUUUGAGUUGAAGAUGGGCUCUUUGGGGGUAUGUUCUCAGUCAGCGGAGGUGGACGUCCUGUCCCCUCUGCUGUUGGGGGGAUGAUUUUGGAAAGAUUUGGAAGCCUUGCUCUACAGUAUUUUCCAGCUUUCAGGCUAUCAUAUACCUCCUCGUACCCCAUCUCCAUUUUGUUUAAACCACAGGAUAUCUUUACUAUUAUUAACAACAUUUUUCUUUAAAACAACUCAUUUUUAAAAUCUAAACUGGAUUUUAAAAGACUUAUAUGACUCCGUCAAUGAAAAACCAG